GCCCACCCGAUAUUUAUGCAACUCCCAAAAAUCUGGCAGCUCCAGAGAAGAUGACAAGAAAUGAAAUUGGUAUUGAGAUUGAAAUGUUUCUAAAACCCUAAAGCCUCUCGUUCUCUUUCUGUUUCUGCCUCAAAAAAUUUUUACAAUACAAGAAAAUGGCGACGCUUCAUCUUCAACUUCAACUAUCAAAUCCCAAUACAUCGUCUCCUUCAUUGUCUACUCCAAUUCCCCACAAGCUAUCUAUUUCCCGGAGAACUGGACGAAGUUCCAAGCGAUACCGUUCUGGUUCGUGUUCUGGGUCUGUAAGCUGCUCAUUUGCCCCAAUGGAGUCUGCGAAGAUAAAGGUCGUGGGUGUCGGUGGCGGUGGCAAUAAUGCCGUUAAUCGCAUGAUUGGAAGUGGUUUGCAGGGUGUUGAUUUCUAUGCCAUAAACACCGAUUCUCAAGCACUAUUACAGUCUGCUGCUCAGAACCCACUUCAAAUUGGAGAGCUUUUGACUCGUGGACUAGGCACUGGUGGGAAUCCUCUUUUAGGAGAGCAGGCUGCAGAGGAAUCAAAAGAAGCCAUUGCGAAUGCACUUAAGGGCUCAGAUCUUGUUUUUAUAACAGCUGGUAUGGGUGGAGGCACAGGCUCUGGUGCUGCACCAGUUGUAGCCCAGAUAUCAAAGGAGGCAGGGUAUUUGACUGUUGGUGUGGUCACCUAUCCUUUCAGUUUUGAGGGCCGUAAGAGAUCCCUGCAGGCAUUAGAGGCUAUUGAAAAAUUACAAAAAAAUGUUGAUACUCUAAUAGUGAUACCCAAUGACCGCCUGCUUAAUAUUGCUGAUGAGCAGACACCCCUUCAGGAUGCCUUCCUUCUUGCUGAUGAUGUUCUACGCCAAGGAGUGCAAGGAAUUUCGGAUAUUAUUACAAUACCUGGAUUGGUUAAUGUGGAUUUUGCAGAUGUAAAAGCAGUUAUGAAAGAUUCCGGUACUGCAAUGCUUGGAGUCGGAGUUUCCUCCAGCAAAAAUCGUGCAGAAGAAGCAGCUGAACAAGCAACCUUGGCACCACUGAUUGGAUCAUCAAUUCAGUCAGCUACUGGAGUAGUUUAUAACAUUACUGGAGGAAAAGACAUAACGUUGCAGGAAGUGAACAGAGUGUCCCAGGUUGUUACAAGCUUAGCUGAUCCAUCUGCAAAUAUAAUAUUUGGUGCUGUUGUGGACGACCGCUAUAAUGGAGAGAUUCAUGUGACCAUCAUUGCAACUGGUUUCUCCCAGUCAUUCCAGAAGACACUUCUAACAGACCCCAGGGCUGCAAAACUUGUAGACAAAAUGGCAGGGAACCAAGAAGGCAAGGCAGUGCCGCUCCCUCUCAAGCCUGCAACCUCACCUUCCACGGUUCCUUCUAGACCAUCUCCAAGAAAGCUCUUCUUUUGAUUAUUUUUUCUCUCCCCUUUUUUCGGUUUUUGUUUUGUGGAGAUAGAGAUGGGGGAGAAUGCUUUCUCCUGCGCCAAAUUCACCUUUGUAUUGAUUGUGAAGUUAAAUCCAUAUCAGAUGGUUUUGUUGUC